CCUGGGCGAGGCGGCCCGUGCCCUGGCGGGGCUGAGCCUGCCCCCUGCGGCGUCGCCCUGGCGGAGCAUGCCCUGAUUUGCUGCCUCGCCGGAGCCCCGUCCCCGCCAUCAGGGUGCGCGUUGCAGGGCGUAGGGGAGCCUCUCCCGCUAUAAUAAAUGAUAGAGGAUACCAUGACUUUGCUGUCUCUGCUGGGCCGGAUCAUGCGUUACUUCUUGCUGCGGCCAGAGACCCUGUUCUUGCUAUGCAUCAGCCUGGCCCUCUGGAGUUACUUCUUCCACACGGACGAGGUGAAGACCAUCGUCAAGUCCAGCCGGGACGCCGUCAAGAUGGUGAAGGGCAAAGUGGCUGAGAUCAUGCAGAAUGACCGGCUGGGAGGGCUGGACGUGCUGGAUGCCGAGUUCUCCAAGACCUGGGAGUUCAAGAGCCACAAUGUGGCCGUCUACUCCAUCCAAGGCCGGAGGGACCACAUGGAGGACAGGUUCGAAGUGAUCACGGACCUGGUCAACAAGACCCACCCGUCUAUCUUCGGGAUAUUUGAUGGGCACGGAGGAGAGUCAGCAGCAGAAUAUGUCAAGUCCCGCCUGCCUGAAGUCCUGAAACAACAUCUUCAGGACUAUGAGAGAGACAAAGAGAACAGUGUGUUGUCUUACCAAACCAUCCUGGAACAGCAGAUUCUAUCAAUUGACCGAGAAAUGUUGGAAAAACUGACCGUGUCUUAUGAUGAAGCAGGCACAACAUGUUUGAUUGCAUUGCUGUCAGAUAAAGAAUUAACAGUGGCCAAUGUUGGUGAUUCCCGAGGCGUCUUGUGCGAUAAAGAUGGGAAUGCUAUCCCCUUGUCACAUGAUCACAAGCCCUACCAGCUGAAGGAGAGGAAGAGGAUUAAAAGAGCUGGUGGGUUCAUCAGCUUCAAUGGCUCCUGGCGUGUUCAGGGGAUCCUGGCCAUGUCCCGCUCCUUAGGAGAUUAUCCUCUGAAAAAUCUCAAUGUUGUUAUCCCUGAUCCAGAUAUCCUGACCUUUGAUUUGGACAAGCUACAGCCAGAGUUCAUGAUCUUGGCAUCGGAUGGCCUGUGGGAUGCAUUCAGCAAUGAAGAGGCUGUCCGAUUCAUCAAGGAACGCUUGGAUGAGCCCCAUUUCGGUGCCAAGAGUAUAGUUCUACAGUCAUUUUACAGAGGAUGUCCUGAUAACAUAACAGUUAUGGUGGUGAAGUUCAGAAAUAGCAGCAAAACAGAAGAACAGUGAACUCACAACAGUUCUUUGCUUCUUCUCCGAUAAACUUAAAACAAACUCUUACAUUUUAAUGUAGUAGAAAGUUCUAGUAAUUAUCAUUAGGAUUUUAUGCAGAAGGGAUAGGAAAGACCCUUCUGGUUUCUGUUCUUUGCUGAACAAAAGGAGCAAUACAAUACAGCAGAUAUGUUUUGAAUUAUAUGAAUUAAGUUUUUCACAUCUUCCUGCUUCCCAUGACCUGUUGCUUCUGAGAAAUGAAUUGUAAUCUGUUCCAAGGGUUAAAAAUUCCUGCUUAGGUUUUGUCAAAUACAAACCAUUUCUUAACUUUAAUUUUAAUAGCUGAAGCUGCAUUCAGAUUGGCACUGUGGGGGCAGGCAGUGCUGCUUCUGCUCCAAUAGCGAUAGGAAUUAGACUGCUUUUCACCCAUAGACGUAACUGCCUUCAGAGUGUCAUUCUCUCUAGUGCUUCCAGUCUCUGUUUUUCUAACCUGCAGUGAUGGUAGAGCGUUAGCUUGGAGAGGAUUUCUAAUUAGUAGUCUGUCUUUCAUAUGAAGAAAAAAAAAGAGCCAAACAUUAGCCUGUCAGCACAGAACAGGCCCACCCUGCUCAUUUUUUCCAUAGUUAAAUAUACCCUUUCUAUCACGUGACUAGGUACAAGCUAUUGAACUUCCUGCACCCACAUGUUUAUGCGGGCUGCAGAUGACUUUAAUAACACUUCACCUAUGUCAUCCUGUAUUCACACCAGCAGAUGCUAAACUCCAUCAAACUACUCUGUGGACUAAUGCCUCCACUAUUCAGGAAACUAGCUCUUUCAUUGUAGAAGAAUGCCAAACACCCCUGGCUUCUAUUUAUUUUUAUUUUUUUUACUAUUUUUCAUAAGUCAGAAGAGAAAAUAAGGCAAGACGAUUUCAGUAUAGCUUAAGAUGGGAAUAUCUUUAGUCAAUGUUGGAAAAACCAGGGAAGGCAGCGUGUUUCAUGGCAUUGGGUGAAGUAUGCUCUUGCUGCAAACAAUUUUUCAGUAAUAUCCAUCAGUUCAAAAUUCAUCAAGGAGACUUAUAUGUGACUUAGUGUUCAACCUCAUAUGCUGUAGCUGUACCGUAAAUUAUUGGGGCUAGGAGGGAAACAAUCUCUAAAUGGGAAUUUUUUUUCCUAUGUCUGAUUUCAAAAUGAAAUUGUAAAUUGAAAUCUAACUAAUGUAAACUUCAUUAUAGGUAAUGACCUUCCAAAUCUGAUCUAGAUCGGGUCAUUUUUAUGUAUUAUCCAAUUGCUUCAUCAUCUAGCAAUCUGGAGGCAGUAGUAGUGAAGAGAGUAUUGGUAGUGUAUGGCAGUACACCAGAGCUGGAGCCUGAAGUAGCUGUUGGUCUGCAUGUAUUAAAGACUUUUGGUGGGGCAGGGGACAAGGGGGCAGAGGAGAAACUAUAGUUGCUUGGCUGGGUUACCUGUAAGUGUGAUUUUACACUGCAUUGUAUUAAGAUAUGAUAUGGGGACUCCUUUCACCAAUGACUUCAUUCUGGGCAAGCCCCUGAGAUUCCCCCUCCGCAGGACCCGACAAGGUGUGCUCAGCAUUUGGUGUCCAGACCCUAGUCAGUGACAUUAUUAUGUUAAUUAACAUCUCUGUUUCUUUGGCAAAAGUAUAGGUCUACUUAGUCUGCAAGCUCUCUUGGUCUCACCAUUAUCCACAGACAGAGGAGGGCAGACUCUGAGUAAGUGCCUUACUUGUCCCUGAGACAGUAGCUUCAUUGAGGGUUCUGCUGCGCAGGUUUCGGUCAGUAACAGCAAAAAACUGGUUUUUUGCUGCACCUCUAAAGGAAUAGCUGCCAAGUUCCCCUAAAUUAUCCCUUUCUUAAAACCUUAGAAUUUAAGACGCAAGAGAAUCUAAUUAAUCUAAUACCAUCAUGUAUGUAAAGGCAGAUUUCAGUUGUUGACACCCAAUCCUGUUCUGGGCCAGUGCCCUUAAACUGUUCAGCUGGUUAACCUGUAAGGUUUUUUUUUAUCCUAAACAUGCUGUGAAGGGUCCUUCCAGGUCAGCCUCUCUUCCUUCUGCCUUGAGACUGCCAAAACAGGGCUAGGUUGAAGGCUGGUUAUCUAGCACACUCAGAACAGGUAAAUCCACUUUCUUGCCGUACCAUUUGUGCUGGCAGUAAUUGUCCCCACUCCAGGACUUUCACAUUCUCUAGUCCAUCUGGCUACUUACUCAGACUGUCCAGCACAGAUGUUGUGUACCAGUAUAAACCAGUUAGGGUUUAUGAUUUCCAAGUUCAGUCUAGUUUGCACAAUUGGUACACAUACCUUCUAGCAGCUUGCUUCCACCUGGAACACCAGAUUUUCUUUGUAAAUAAUAAGUGUGCAGUACAACCAUUGGAAAAGUAUGCAUCCAGCUUCAUAUAGUAUAUUGGGACCUAGUCCAGAUGGUUAUUUCACUGAAAGGUUUAAUUACAACAUCUAACUAUUCUGCAAAGGAAAAAAUAAUUUAAUUCAGUGGAUUGUUAAUUGUAGCUUUACAGUCAGGUUGAGGUGUAGUAAGUGACUGCAGUAAAAUCCAGUUAAAUUUCCCUUAAAGGUUUUCCAGGCUAGAGCACUGUGAAAUGAUGCAAGAGUGGUGUUGGGGUUUCACGACGGUGAUUUUCAGUGUGGAAACCUCUACAUUGGUAGAGCAGCAGUUUGCAAACUAUAGCUCAGGGAGCAUUUGCUGGUCACAGGGUGCUGCCUUUGCUUUCCCCUUUACAGCUGCUGUGACAGGCGUAACGCUCUUCCUUGUAAGAAAGGGUUUGGCUGCUUGUAGAAACAGCUGUUUUGGGAGAAGUAUGUCGUAUCUAGAAGUUUGCUAAAGGACAACUGUAGGGAAAGCUGGAUUUUCUCAGCCUAUAACUACACUUCUGCUGUAACAAAUCUGCAUACUGAAGACAAGAGGGGAAGUCUCUCACAUGCAUAUUUAGAGAGCUGGGACUGGGACCCAGACUUGUUGCAUAUUGUUUUUUAUCACUUGAGGUAGAGUAGAUCGCGUAUAGUUGGUAUGAAGCCCCACUUUAGAGACCGACCAGUAGAGGGCAAAAGAGCUCAAGCAAAUAUACCUUGGAGCCGAGCUCUGCAGCAGUGCACUGCCUGCUCUGCAGUGCCCAGAGCUGUGUUCGGAGCCCAGGGAAAGGAAACUUACUGUACAUGCACAGAUUCACCAAGUACCAGAGUUUGCCAUAGGGAGGUUGCAGGAUGAUGACUGGGAGGCAAGUUGGAGAAUCUGCCAGACCGACCACCUGUUGCUCUACCAAUGGGCCAGGCUUUGAGAAGCCUCCUAGUGGAGUACAGGACAGCUUUGCAGGUGGUAGCCACAUGGAUCCUCAUUCUCAGCUAAAACUGUAGCCUGUCCUCACAGAUAGGCUUCUAGUGCAAUCAGUGGGGCCCAAGGUAUAUAUUACAAUGGUUUCUUGUCUCCUUCCAGGGACUGUUCUCAGUAAGGUGAAAGCCAUCUACUUAUUGUAAGUGUAUGUUCUCCUUUAGCACAUGUGGAAGAAACGGCCAUUUUAAUGAUGAAAUUCUCCCUAGUGCAGAGGUCCUGUCCAAGGCCAGUGCAAGCCCACAGCACAGAAGUGAUUCGCAUGGUAGGGAGGAAGUGGAUCGGUGUCCACUGACUCUGCUUCUUGCACGCAUGUAUCCAGGGCUUGCUAUGAGAACCCCAAGGAAUUAAUUCAGCUGCCAAAAAAAAGGGUUUGAGGAACUGUUUUGCAUCAAGAGCGGAGUCAUUGUUUUGUUCUGCAUCCCUGUGCCCCAGCGUGCUUUUUUCUAGCAUCAGUGAAUGCAUUUGAAGCAACGUAACUUAAUGUUUGGUAUCUGUGCAACUUGUUCAGGCCACUGUGGUCAUGCAUGGAAAAAUACAGGUUUUGCAGCCAGUCUCAGGGGCAGCAGCAUCUGUUGCUUCAUUUUGCACAUCAUCUCUUUUUUUUGUAACAUGCAGUGUUGAUAGGCGAGAUGUGCUUACUCCACUUCAGUGCAGGGGGAUGGACUGGCUGAGAUCUUGUGGUCCUUUCCAGCCCCACAUGUCUACAGCUAAGCAUAAAAGUUAAAAUGAGAAGUACCUGGGCAUUAAAAUGCUAGGGAAAAGAACCAACUUACAAAAAGCAUUAAAAGGGGAGGGAUGGGUCCAACUCCUUUGGACACCAGUGAAUGAUUGGCUGUUGAUUUCAGCAGAGAUGAGAUUAGUCCUAGAAGCAGUUAGGUUAUUGUUCAUAUACUGAUUAUAUCUGUUGUUAUGGGACCCUAGUAGUGAUAGAUUUGUGAUUCAGUGUUCAAUCUAUAGCAAAGCAGAACAACGAUGUUGAAUCAGAAGUUAGUCGUACUUCUCUUUCAAUGAAUUGAGCCAGCUUGAAGGUAAUAAUGGGUUUGCUAAAUCACAGCUAACUCUGCAUUAUAGAAGUACAAGGGUUGCCUCGUGUUUCUGCCCUUUGCACUGAACCUAACACCCCUGCACUGAACUUUAAGAGGAUCUUGGUGGUAUUCCUAGCACUUAUUUUACAUGGAGAGGAGAAAACAUUUGGGUAUAUACCCAUGUAUUUCUUUCAAUCAUCCUUUCUCUGAAAUACCAGGUAAGACUGUUUGCAAAAUCAGGACCUUUAAAAAGUGUUUUGGACAAUGAGGGGGCUGGGCUGGGUUCUGUUAAACCUACAGGCGAAUUGAGCUAUUAAAUAUUAUUGCUGGCUUGAGGUUUAGCAACUAGUAGUUGGGCAGCUGUCUUUGAUGCUGUUAAUAAAUAAUUACCUUUCCAAAUCUCAGGACUUGUAUCUAUAUUAGGAUAUUAAAUUCUGAAUUAAGCAUAUGGAUUGAUAUUUGGAAUUACUAAAUUUUAUUUAUAUGGCACUGAAAGGCUUAAGUUCUGCAGCUGUUUCAAAUACAGCAGUUUUCAUUAAAGUUAGUAUUGAAUGCUGAAGUUUGAGGUGUAGACCGAAAAGAUAAUUGCCCGUGUUUACAAUGUCUAGGUUCUGACAGCCGGGACCUCUUGAGUUUCCAAGAGGUGCGGUAGAAGCUUAGACAUUCAGCCCAGUUUGCUUCGAUACUGUUAAUUCAAUAUCAGCAGUUUGUUAUGAGGUGGUGCUUUAGAAAUCUAAAUGCAGUGUUUAUGCAAGCUUUAUGUGACAGAUGCAUCUUCACUGCAAACAAGUAGGAUUGCAACAUGUUUGGACACCCUUCUAGCUUUAAUCUUGCUUGAUAAGUGCAGAUGUAGUGGCAAGGGCUCACUGUGGUUUGGCAACCUGAACAAAUGCGUAGGUUCCCAGCAGGCUUGAUGAGUUUCAGCCACCAUCUCUUUGCUGCAGGAAAGCAGGUGAAGCCAGCAUGCAUAUGCCUACGUGUGCAGCAGUCACAUCUCCAGCUGCCUUGUGGGCUCGCUUCUUGGAAACCUGGAGUGGCCAUGCAAAAACGUCAGUGCCAGAGCUGACAGACAGGGCAUGUAUGUGUGCUUGAGCCUCUCUCUCUCCAGCAAGAAAAAACAAAAAAGUUUCCGCCAGAGGCUGUCCCUUUGGGAUCUAGAGAGGUUCCAUACUGUGUGUCUGGGUUGAGUUUUGUUCUAUACUGAAUCCAUUCAACUCACUUUAACUAACUGCUCCUACUUGUGUAUAAUGCAAGUGGCCAUGAAAUAUUGACCAUGGUUUAACAAGGCAGAUUUGCCAGUGAUACCUUGUGCUCAUGGGCUUUCCUUUUAAAUGCUAAAUUAUAAAAAAGAGUCUUGGAGUUGCUUGUGGUUUCCAUGCGACUGUGCUAGCAGUGCAGUGCAGGAAGAAGCAGGAUGGAGAAAACAAGCUUUCAAAACUUGAACGCAGGGAACAGCCUUGCACUCUGGCUCUGCUUCUCAGGAGCAGUGAUUGACAGAAAGAGGAAAUCAUGAAAGUCCGGAGAAUAAGUAAAGAGGCACCCUAAAAGAUCAGUACAGGGUCCCAUUCCCCUGCUGUGCCGUCUCGGAGCAGAGCUGGACUACAGUGUCAAAGCAACCAGUCACAAAGAAAGACCACUUCAGUGUAUUAUUAUGUUGCUACAUCACAUUAUCAAAGAUCCUUCUAUAUUGUUAUUUACAACUGGUUUUUUAGCUAAACACAUUUUUAAGGUUAAAUGUUUUAUUGCAAAACACUGUAUUUCACCAUCCCUUCAAGGAAAGCCACAGACAAAGCACUGGUGAGACCACAGAUAGGCCAGCUUUUCCAUUUUUUGCUUAGACUGGAUAAUGACUGAGAGACAUCUACAAACUAGUGACACCCAACAGGAACUGUAAAAUGUUAGUAGAUAGCAUUCACAUCUGUGUGGCUUACAGAAAACUUACGUGAUCUUUGCCACAAGACUAGAGAUGCGCUGAAGCGUGAGAUGAUACAAGCCACAAAAGUAAGCCUCAGCUAGGCCUACUUUAUUCCACUUCUAAUUUCAAAUGUUUUACUGCAGUUACUGGUACUUAUUUUAAGACAAAUGAAGUCCCAAAAUUAGUUGUAUUCUCUUGCUUGAAAUAGGCCUCUAUACAAAAGCAAUCUCUCAAAGAAACGUCUGAAAACUACAUGGUCCCCAUUACCUUUAUGAGUUUCAGUGGCCCAACUUGUAUUCACUGUUAGAAAAAAUGGAACUUGCUAAACAAGGGAAUUAGAGUAAAGGAAAAAACUGGGCCUCGCCUCAUUUGGGGUGCAUCCUGCACGCAAUACUUGUAAACAAAUAUGGUUAUCAACCUCUGAAGUGUGGUUUGUUUGUUUUUUUUACUAGCUUACAUGAGCAACCCAGCCUGCC